AUGCAGCAGCAAAGAGGAGUGGGAACGCCAGGUCAGCCGCUAGGACGAUAUCCUCCUCAGCCAGGUGGUACACCGCAAUCUGCGAUGAGGCGACCGGGUGGUCCGCAAAUGGCUUCUCAAGGACCGCCAAUGCAAGGCAAUCGAGUAAGGGAGCUUGUUCCGGAGUCGCAAGCAUAUAUGGACCUGCUUGCUUUCGAACAGAAACUUGACGCUACAAUAACUCGCAAAAAGCUCGACAUUCAGCUCUUAAAAGGCCUCAAGAAGGUUAAGAAAAGGCUGCGUAUUUAUAUUUCGCAUACAUUCAUCGCUGGUAAGGAACCAGAGAAGGAAGGCGAUGAGGGUACUGUCCCAAUGUGGGAGCUACGUGUCGAAGGCCGACUGAUAGAAGAUCAGGCCAAUGGAUCUACCGCUGCAUCGGGCCACUCCACACCAGCACCUCCUGCACGCCCUUUGCCCAAGCGGAAAUUUAGCUCGUUCUUCAAAAGCCUCGUAAUCGAAUUGGAUAAGGACAUAUACGGUCCGGACAAUCAUUUGGUUGAGUGGCAUCGUACUCCAACGACGAAUGAAACAGACGGGUUUCAGGUGAAGCGUCCCGGAGACCGUCCUGUAAAGUGCACCAUACUACUUCUUCUCGAUUAUCAACCAAUGAAAUUCAAACUCCAUCCUCGUUUAGCAAAGGUUCUGGGCAUUGCUGCUGAAACAAGGCCAAAAAUUAUCGAGGCGUUAUGGCAGUAUAUCAAGACUCACAAGCUGCAGGAUCCCGUGGAUCACGACACUGUGAAUAACGACACUUUCCUUGAGCAAGUUUUCAGCUGUAAGCGAAUGCGUUUCAUGGAGAUUCCACAGCGACUGCAUCAGCUUUUGCAGCAGCCUGAUCCUUUGGUCCUUUCUCACAUCAUCAAACACAAUGACGGUGGUGCUGAAAAGAAUACCGCGUGCUAUGACAUUGAUGUUGAAGUUGAAGACCCACUCAAGCAACAUAUGGGUGCCUUUAUACAUGCCCAAGCGAACACUCAGGACAUAGCAAAUCUCGAUCAAAAAAUUUACGAUGUUGUUGAUCAGAUAAAUGAAUGGAAAACGCGGCGAGAUUUCUACGUGCGCUUUGCCGACCACCCUCACGAGUUCAUUAGAAAGUGGUUGGUUAGCCAGAGCCAGGAUCUAAAGACCAUGACCGAAGCAAGUGGUGAAGGUGAAGCAGAGCGACGAGCAGAUCAUUACUACAAGCCGGAAACACAGGAAGGUGUUUUCAGGUACAUCUACCAAAAAGUGCAACAGAAGAGAGCCGAAUUAGAGCAAGGUCUUGGUGUCCGGAAUAACUGA